AUGGCUAGAUUACGAAAUCCGGCUCAGACUUCGAGCUUAACACGUGGUACAUGCAAUAUGGUCAGAAAUUUCAGACGAAGAGAUCUUCAUUUCUGUCAAACAAAUGGUUGGUUGCCGAUCAGCCAACUCAACAUUUUAUAUGAAACCCGACUGUGGGGCGUAUUUCCAAUGGCACUUGAGUUUCAAGUUGCAGAGAGGAGUUUGGUCCUCACCCCGCGGCUGUUGCUCAAAAGACUUUUUGAGGAACUUGUCUUUUGGCUGGAGCACCAAUAUGUCUGUCACACCUCAUCAGUCGUUUAG